AUGAUUCGGGGCGUGGAAGCGCCGAUGGCGGAAAACCCGCCGCAGCCGCCGCCGGUCAUCUUCUGCCACGACUCCCCGAAGCGGGUGCUGGUGUCGGUCAUCAGAACGACCCCGAUCAAGGCCACGUGCGGCAGCGGAGGGGAGCCGGAGCCGCCCCCGCCGCUCAUUCCCACUAGUCCUGGCUUCAGCGACUUUAUGGUGUACCCGUGGCGCUGGGGCGAGAAUGCGCAUAAUGUGACGCUUAGCCCCGGUGCCGCAGGGGCUGCCGCCUCGGCCAACUUGCCCGCCGCCGCCCCUCAGCACCCGGGGCUUCGGGGCCGGGGCGCGCCCCCUCCCAGCGUCUCCGGGGGUGAGGAAGAGGAGGAGGCGAGCAGCCCAGACAGCGGCCACCUCAAGGAUGGUAUUCGACGUGGUAGACCCAGAGCAGAUACUGUUCGGGAUUUAAUAAAUGAAGGCGAGCACUCGUCCAGCAGAAUUCGUUGUAACAUCUGUAAUAGGGUGUUUCCACGGGAGAAAUCACUUCAAGCUCACAAAAGGACUCAUACAGGUGAGAGACCUUACCUGUGUGACUAUCCAGACUGUGGAAAAGCCUUUGUUCAAAGCGGACAGCUCAAAACGCAUCAGCGUCUUCACACCGGAGAGAAACCUUUCGUUUGUUCAGAAAAUGGUUGCCUUAGCAGAUUCACCCACGCAAACCGCCACUGUCCGAAGCACCCUUAUGCCAGGCUGAAGCGGGAGGAGCCCACUGAUGCUCUCAGUAAGCACCAGACCGUGGACAACCAGGCUGCUGCUGAGUGGUUGGCAAAGUAUUGGGAAACAAGAGAGCAGCGUACCCCCACCUUGAAAGGAAAGCUCGCUCAGAAGGCCGAUCAGGAGCAGCAGGACCCUUUGGAAUACCUUCAGUCUGAUGAGGAGGACGAUGAGAAGAGCGGUGCCCAGCGCCGGCUACAGGAGCAGCGGGAGCGCCUGCACGGAGCGCUCGCUCUCAUAGAGCUCGCCAACCUGACGGGGGCGCCACUGCGCCAGUAG